UACGUCUAAAUACUUUAGUAUUUAAUUUUGUGUUGUUUGUGUUGGUGUGUGAAUGAUUUUGUGUUAAAAUAUGGAUACCGCCUCUGGUUCUGGAAAUUUAAAAAGAUCAUCUGGUUCUAGAAAUGUGGAAAGAGACUCUGGUUCUGGAAAUUUGGAAAUAGCAACUGAUUCUAGAAAUGUGGAAAGAGCCUCUGAUUCUAGAAAUGUGGAAGAAGCCUCUAGAAAUGUGGAAAGAGCCUAUGGUUCUAGAAAUGUGGAAAGAGUCUCUGAUUCUAGAAAUGUGGAAAGAGCGUCUGGUUCUAGAAAUGUGAAAAGAGCAUCUGAUUCUAGAAAUAUGGAAAGAGCCUCUGGUUCUAGAAAUGUGCAAGAAGCCUCUGGUUCUAGAAAUGUGGAAGGAGCCUCCAGAUCUAGAAAUUUGGAAAGAGCCUCUGGUUCUAGAAAUGUGGAAAGAGCCUCUGAUUCUAAAAAUGUGGAAAGAGCCUCUGGUUCUAGAAAUGUGAAAGAAGCCUCUGGUUCUAGAAAUGUGGGAGGAGCCUCUGAUAUUAGAAAUUUAGAAAGAACCUCUGGUCCAAGAAAUGUGGGAAGAGCCUUUGGUUCAAGAAAUGUGGAAGAAGCCUCUGGUUCUAGAAAUGUGGAAAGAGCCUCUGGUCCUAGAAAUGUGGAAAGAACCUCUGGUUCUAGAAAUGUGGAAAGUGCCUGUGGUCCUAGAUUUUUGGGAAGAGCCUCUGGUUCUAGAAAUUUGGAAAGAGCCUCUGGUUCUAGAAAUGUGGAAAGGGCCUCCGAUUCUAAAAAUGUGGAAAGCGCCUCUGGUCCAAGAAAUGUGGGAAGAGCCUUUGGUUCAAGAAAUGUGGAAGAAGCCUCUGGUUCUAGAAAUGUGGAAGAAGCCUCUGAUAUUAGAAAUGUAGAAAGAGCCUCUGGUCCAAAAAAUGUGGGAAGUGCCUUUGGUUCAAGAAAUGCGGAAGAAGCCUCUGGUUCUAGAAAUGUGGAAAGAGCCUCUGGUCCUAGAAAUGUGGAAAGAUCCUCUGGUUCUAGAAAUGUGGAAAGUGCCUGUGGUCCUAGAUCUUUGGGAAGAGCCUCUGGUUCUAGAAAUGUGGAAGAAGCCUCUGGUUCUAGAAAUGUGGAAGGAGCCUCUUAUAUUAGAAAUGUAGAAAGAGCCUCUGGUCCAAGAAAUGUGGGAAGAGCCUUUGGUUCAAGAAAUGUGGAAGAAGCCUCUGGUUCUAGAAAUGUGGAAGGAGCCUCUGACAUUAGAAAUGUGGAAAUAGCCUCUGGUCCUAGAAAUGUGGGAAGAGCCUCUGGUUCUAGAAAUGUGGAAAGUGCCUGUGGUCCUAGAUUUUUGGAAAGAGCCUCUGGUUCUAGAAAUUUGGAAACAGCCGCUGGUUGCAGUUUUUCUGUUGGAGGAGGCGCCAAUGGUAUUUUUACAAGAAGACUUGAUUUCAGUUCAUUUAACGCUCUUCCAAAGAAUAAGCUGAACUCCUAUCAAAUAAAGAAUAAACGUAGAACGCAUACACGAACACUGUCGCUUUAGUCCAGGAAGGUCAUAGACUAAAUCUUAUCAACACAUUCCUAGAUACUGUAAGCCAGUAGAUGAAUAUACCGUGACGAAUUACCGACCGCAAAUAACAGGUUCCGUUUCGACAGCCAGUCACGUACGGAGACAUCUGAAAGAAUGACUCAGCGAACAAGCGAGGAAAGGAUUUCUCGAGGAAGAUCGCUGGUCAAGGCUACGUGUUACUAGGGAUGGGGGUUCCGUUUUUCUGGAACGUUCAAGAACAUGGCUGGUAUUUUUGUAUUCAAUAUAUAAGGAUGUGAAUUUUUAGGAGUAGUUAGUCUAUAAGAUAAAUUCGUCUGUACAGUUAUAUAAAUAAAGUCAUAUAUAAAUACGAA